CAUAAGCAGAGUUUGUGUAGCAGGGCUUAGGUGGGGGUGAUUUGAGCCACAUAACACUGAUAAUUUCAUAGUGACUCUGAAUGGCUGGGUAAUGGGUCAGUAGCGUUGUGGGCUGGGAAUGUUUCAAGCACAAGAAGUGUUGUUGAGUUUGAUCUGAUGUUGAUAUAGAGCUUCAAGUACAUGCCACUGUCUACGGGUGUUGAGCUCACCUGGGAAUAUGUGUUGUUCGCUCGUCAAUGGCAGGACGUGACAGGUUGAUGGUGAGACGGGGGCACUAGGAACCAUGUCCUGCUAUGACACCCUGGGAUACCGGGGCAGCCCGGGCCGCUCCCCACUGCGAGGCGUCCACGACCUGACCACAAUGUACCCGGACUCGGACAGCGGUAUCAGCUCCACAUUCCGCACAAAAUCCAGAGUCUUCACAACCGAUGAUUUUUCAAUGGCUCCUACCAGACUUACAAGAUCAAGGUCAAUGUCAAGGCUGAAUUCUGGAAGUCGAGACACAUCCCCAACAGGAAGUGUGGUGUCACUGACCAUGCCAGUGGACUACUCUAUACGCAAUCUCCAUGACAACCUAGAAGACAGUGAGACACGGAGAUCGGUCCUGAUGCACAAGCUGAAGGAAGCUCAGGAGACUCUAUCACUACAGAACAACAGGCUGUCCAAGAUAGAAACCUCAGCCAAGGACAACGCUGUCAUUGUAGAGGACCUGAAGUUUAAGGAGAGAGAGUACCGGAAGAAGAUCAUGAGCCUGGAGAAGGCCGAGGAAGAGAAGGAGGUGGUGCAGAUGGAGAACAUCCGACUACGCCAGGAGAUGCAGGACAGAAUCACAGCCCUUGACUUCCAGCUGAAGUCUCUACAGAGCCAGCACCAGUCUUCCGAAGUUGAAAACAAUACACGCACCAGUCUGCUGGACCAGACCACAUCUUGCCUCUCUCUCCUGGAGGAGGAGAACACCAAGCUCCAGAAGGAACGUGACUUUUUACAAAGUGAAGUUGGUUCUAUGAAAGAAAUAGUAGAGAUGACGAAGGCUAAUCUGCAUAUGAUGUCACAGGAGAGGAACAAUGUGAGGAACAGCUUGGACAGUGUUACACAGGAGAACACUGUGCUUUGUAAGAAGAUCCAUGAGAUGGCGGGGCAGAUGGUGGAGUUGAGGACGCUGCUGCAGGCUGUCCAGGACGAGAAUGAGAGUCUGUCUAGCACCUGGAAGAACGUCUCCCAGGACAAACACAACGCUUCCAAACAGAUCGAGAAUUAUCAGGACAGGGUUGCAGACCUGAAAGCUCGACUAGCUACCGUGGCAGCAGACAAAGAUCGGCUGUUUCAAGAAAAACUGGACCUCAAUCACAAGGUGCAGCAGCUGGUGCUGGAUAAAGAACAGCUCAUCAAGGUGAAGUUGUCGCUGGAGGAGCAGAUCACAGACGCACAGCGUGACCUGAACAAGUCGCGGAUGUCGUCCAACAAGAAGCACGAUGACACCAGGAAGCUGGGGGAGGAACUCCAGGGGGUGAAGAGGGUGAGCCAGGAACUGUCCAUGGAGCUGGCGUCAGUCAAGGCCUUCUACGAGCGUGCCCUGGAGCAGAUCUCGCUGCUGGAGAACGGGAAGAAGAUGCAGCAGCAGCACCAGGAGCUGUCCGAGCAGGAGAAGAGGCGGCUGCAGGGCGAGGUGGACAGGCUGACACAGCUGCUUGAUGGGCGGAGUCGGGAAGACCGCAAGGGCCGUGAGGAGCUGGAGGAUAGCAUGUCCCGGAUAAAGUUGAUGCACUCAGCCAAAGUUUUAGAUGGUCUGAGUAGGUUUGAGACUGACCUGAAGCAGCUGAGGAACGAGAAGGCCCAGACAGACAACCACAACAGGGAGCUGGAAAUGAAACUACAGCGAGCCAAUGAGGAGAUCCGGCGGACAUCCACCAUCCAGCAGGAGGAGAUGGUGACGUGGAAGUUGACGUGCGAGAGACUGACCGGUGCCGUCACAAGGAAGGAGUCAGAGUUGCAGAGUCUCACAGACAAGUGUCACGACACGGAGUCCAUUAUCAGAAGAUUACAAGAAGAACUCAGGAUAAUCCGAGACCAGUACGAAGCACUUGAAGACCAGAGAGAUGACACAGACAGAUUACGGUCUGAGAACCGUCGUAUGCAUCAGGAGAAGGCUGAGAAUGAGCAGAUGAUCCAACUCCUGGAAACCCAGAAGGAAGUCCUCACUAAGAGUACGGAGAGCAGCCUCAACAAGCUGCAUGAUGUGGACCAUCUCAGUGGCAAGGUGGAGCAGUUCCGCUCGGAGAACGAGCUUCUCAGAGACCGCAUCACGGAACUGGAGAAGGUCCGGGACAACCUCAUCAAACAGAAGGAAGAGGUUCUGGCCAACAGUGAGCUGAUCUACAAGAAGCCAGGCCUGGACGACCUAGAACACAAGACAGAGGAACUGAGGGCCGCCAACAAACAGCUGCGCGAGAUCAACGACGUCAUGUCCGACAAACUGGAGGUUGUAGAGCGGGAAAAUGCAAGAUUAAAACAAGCCAUUGGUGGGCCGUCAAAUACCAGUGAGGAAAGACUACAGAGAGAAAAUAAAAAGAUCAGUGAAGAUUACACCAACCUUAGAAACGAUUACGAGAGUCUGGAGUCUCGACAUCAGAGAAUGGUCAUCAACUACGGCCAUGAGGAGAUGCUGGAGAAAGAGAAGCAGGACAUGGUGAAGCUCCGCAAGGAAAGAGAUGCCCUCCAGAAGCAGGUGCAGCUCCUCAAUGGGCAGCUGGUGCUGGUUGAGGGCAGCAAGAAGCGGCUAGAGGACACCGUCACACAGCUGCAGGAGACCAUCUCCAGACUCAAGGCCAAGAUCACAGAGAAACCCACGGGAUCUGACUCGGGGGUUCAGAGGCUGGAGGGUGAGGUAAAGUCCCUCAAGGACAAGCUGUCAAAGUCGGAGGCUGCCAAACAGAAGCAGGAUCAGACUGUGAAGAACCUGAAAGAUGAGCUGGAGGAAGAGAGGACCAAGAAACCAUCACAGAUACGGGAGUCACUGGAGGACGUGGGAGAGGAGCUACACCAGAUGAGAGGGGAACUCCACAAACUUAUGGAGGAGAUCGAGAGGAAGGACCGGGAGAUCCUGUCUCUGGAGAAUGAGCUGAGGAAGACAAAGGAGGAGCUGGAUCUCAAGGAUCACGGGAUCAGUGACCUUCGAAAGCUGGUGGAGGACUUGGAGAAGCAGAAUAAGAGUCUGAAACAGAACAAGGGCAGCCAGCAUGAUGAAUUGGACUCAGGUAACACUGUCCGGCUGACGCGUGGAAGUAAACUGCCUAAGUUUGUGUCGCCUGCCGUGUCCGGCUCAGCAAAGCCUGCAUCUAACACUGCACCAAGGUCCCUCCAGGAGGAGCUGCAGGAUGCUCUGAAGAAGAAGGAAAGUUCGGUUCCAAGAGUGAUUCAAACCGAUCCUCUUCUUAGUAAGAAGUUCCUGGAGGCCAAGCCAGCGCCCCCUAGUGAGCAAGGUAAACUCAACCCUGCGACAGGAUUGUAUGGUGCCCAGUUCUUUUUCAAGCCAGAGAAAUCAUCGACAGAAGGUUCUGGUCGACUGCAGAGUUUGAUUUCUAAGUAUAGAAGUCACAGCGAUGCCACAACCGAGGAGCCCGAGAAAAAAGUGAAACCAUUUUCCUUCACUACAGGAAGAUUAGGGUUCAGGGGUAAGGGAGUCACCCUGACAACCCCCAAAGUCCCCGACAGCAAAUCGCCCUCAUCAUCAGACCAGACGGGAUUCAACAAACUAGGAGUAGGACGGUCAGGAUCCAAGGGGCCACCUCCGCCAACGCUCCCCAAACCCAAAGUGAGGCAGGAGGUGGUGGCUGGAGCCUCACGGCCACAGGGUGGCCUGGAGCCAGGAGCCACUAGUGGAGCCGAGGCAGGGGAGGGACAGGGUAAUCUGCAGGACACCCAGGAGCAGAAGGACAUCAAUGCUCUCAUACAGAAGCGUGGUAACACCCAUCCAAAACCUAUUCUAUCAGUGAACCCACCGAAAUUAACAAGUAAGGUGAUAGCUCAGCUGUUGCGUCCACGUGGCCGCGGCAAGUCGAGUGACAAGUCUUUGCUUUGCAGUAGUUAGAGGAUCUAGAGGUGCUGGCCAGAGCAGGUACCUCAAAGUACUUGAAAUGUAAACGUAGCAAGUGAGAUGAUCGACCAACCAAACACAAGUUUACGAAGUACAGCAAUCAACCAACCAGAUGCCUCCACAACAAAAAUGCAACAAAGACAAUCAUGUGUUGGAUCAGUCUUACACAACCAACAUGAAGUUGUGACGCCAUCUGAACCAAUAUUUCAUCAAGCCAGACAGAUUGUCCUGAGAUGACCAUGAUGGUCCUAUUUUAGAUGUAUUGAACAACUGGCAGAAACUUGGUCGGCCAUGGCCUGGAUUUUAGCCUUGCAGGAAGUGAGUGUCCGUCACAUGUCAGACCAAAAACCCUUGCAGUGCACUCUGAGGAAAGUCACAUGACACUGUGACCCAGAACCUUCAGAAAUUUGGAUCGGAUGUCAAGAAUGGUUGGACGUGAGACACAUCUGUUUGAUGGUAAUGGAUGUAUAUUCCUUUUACUCAAUACGGAGUAAUAUACUACCAAUAUCAUAAUUUCUAAGGAGUUUUAUGUACAGUAUACUGAUGCAAAUUAGAAUGGAUUCAGCAGUAUUUAGCUUGCCCUUACAACAAACUCGAGAACUGCCAGCAAAUUGAUGCAUUUUUCCUUCCUGCCUACAUCGAGUCACAGCAGCAUUCUUACAAUGCAUAGUGUCUGAAGUAGUGAGAUUGUCUCCAUUUCUCUUUUAGAGGGAGAUUUCUGUCUCCAUGUAUCAGGAUUAGAGCAUGUCUGUGAUAUCUCAAGUCAUAUAGAUCUGGUAAAUGAUAUUUAUUGCUUGUGUAUGUGUACAUAUUUAUUGUAGUUAACAUUCAUACCUUCAUGCACUCACCUACUUUAGUCAGCUUGGUCUGGGGCAAUUCUUCAUGCAUUGAUAGAGCAGGGAAACACAUCUUUUCAGUAGUGAUCAUGGCUGGAGUAGACAGACAAUUCACUACCACUUCUCAUGUUUCACUUUUGGCAUGAGAAGUGAAAUAUUGAAGAGAUUUGUUGUUUUCCUUAGCACAUAAGGAGAGAAGAAAUUCAGAUAAUUCAGUAUGCAAAUAAAAGUUUUUGUUUGAAAAUGGAGUAAUAACUGAGACAAGAGCAUAAGAUGAUGGGAGUUAAUCCCCUUGCUCAUGUUUUGCAUACCCAUGCCAAGCAUGAUUGUCUUUCCAGAAUGAUUGUCUUUCCAAAAUACAAAAUGCAUGAAGUAAUAUUGAAACCAGACCCAAACCUGAUCCUACUUUUAGAAUCUCUGGACUAGACACGAUCCUGCUGCCACUUC